AUGAUUGCUUGGAAAAGGCUCUCCGAUAGAUGGAAGGAUGUCUCUUUCCCCAAGCCUUUGUAUCCACUUGUGCAUCCUGCUGUUUUGGUGGAAACUUAUGAACAAGGGGAAAAUGUGGACAACUCUAUUCAUGCAGACAUGCAUCCUGGAAAUAUCCCUGUCCAGUUGGCGCAGAGCAAGUCUUCUCGGAAGCGACUCUUCAAAUCAAAGUCUCAUGUCAUUUUCCUUGAUUUAGGCAUGACUGCUGAACUCUCUAAAAGUGAUAGAGUAAAUUUAGCGGAAAUUUUCAAGGCUGUUGCUCUUUUUCGUGAUGGGCGUACGUUUGCUGAGUGCACACUCAGACUAUCUAAGCAACACAAGUGCCCAGAUCCAAAGGCUUUCAUUGAGGUAAAAUCGUGGGGCAACUUAAAUUUAUUACUAGGAAUGAUUGGGAUGAGGUUGUAUGAUUUGAUUUUUCAAUAG